UGGACGUAGAGACGUCCCUAGACAUUUCAGGUUAGUGGACGUAUGCAGGGAUGCAUCGGCAUCCCUUGUGAAAAUUCGGAAGCAACGCAAAGAUGGCCGCAUCCACUACGAUGACACGGAAACGUAAACGGAUCUCACGAACAGAGUUUAUACAAUAACACGGAGACGGAUCACGGAUACGGAUCAAGUAAACGGAUUUCACGUAACAGAGUUUCUAUAAUAACACGCAGACGGACCUGUACGGAUUAGCUCGGCAUUGCUUAACUCUUCCGUUUACUAUGUUCCGUGCGACCAGAAGAAGUUGAGUACCUACUUGGCUGCGGUGGUAGCCAUGUUUAUUUAUGUUAUAAAUACUUGUUAAAAAUUGUUUUAAGUACACUAUCUAGUGCUCUAUUAUUAUUUUGUGGUUUAUUUUCAUUAUAUAAGCACAUUUUUACCUUUAAAUGCAAUCUCAUUGGUUUCCAUUUGUUACGUUUCCGUGCAUUGUGGAAGCAUUAGACGCGAUAGUGAAAUGUACCGUAAAAUCCGGCUUCUUGUCCGUGCCAUUGUACAACUGGCCUUAAGCUGGUAUUCGGUUGCAGCCAGUGAUGAGCGCAGAGUCGGUGACCAGGUUCUUCGGGGCUUACCGUCUGGAAGUUCCAGAAAACCGUUGUUCAUGUUUUGGAUAAGGUUCCAGAAACACCGUGAUAUUGCCAGGUCCCUGCUGGAGGAAGAGAGGGGCAGCGUGAGGUAACUCGGUCCACCCACCCUCCACGCUGGCAGACGCACUGCUACCCAGGCUGCAGCCCGCGGGCCAGGCCUUCUGCGGCGGCGGCGGCGGCAGUAGCGGCAGUAGCGGCAGUAGCGGCAUGCCCUUCAUCGACGACGACCUGCUGUGGUGCCCCGACAACGACGGCAAGAUGGUGGACCUGUCCCAGUGCCUGCAAGAGGGAGCUAGCGGGCAGCAGCAAGACCCGGGCGGGGGGCCCCAAGGCCUGGGGGAGCUGUCCCAGUCUGAUCUCACAGGGCUCGUGUCCAGCCUGGACGAGGAAGAAGACGACUUGCUAUUCAAGCAGCUCGACGACUCCAGCUUCGAACUGGACAACUUCUUCACUGACCUGGAGGAAAAGGAGGAGAACAACAACAACGUGGUCCAGGGCGGCGGACGUGGGGCGGCAUCGGCGGGAGAUCUCGUCUCCAGCAGCACCCCUUCUCCCAGCAAGGCGUCCGAGGCCCGUGCCGCCUCCAGGAAGCUGAACAUCGUGGCGGCCAACCCCCUCCUAGCAGAAAAGCUGGCCGCCCCACCUCCGCUUAUUCCGAUCAGACCACCGUCCGCAGUUCCACCGCCCAUCCCCAGUAAUGCUGCUACCCCCGUACCGAGUGACGGUGAAGACGGAGUGCAUCGUCGCGGACACGUGUACAGGUGAGUGCCGACGCUUUUCCUGUGAUGAGUUUCGCAGCUUCAUUUAGUAAGUAAUUUUGAAACAUUGUAAUUUAAUGAUUAUUAAAUUCAAUCAACAGUUGUCAGCUUGUUUGUACAUAUUUUACUGUAUGCAAUAUGGUUAGCCGUUAAAUCCCAGAAAAAUAGUUUACAAAAAAAUAAUUCGAUUUUUAUUUCUUCGCAAACACUUUCGUUAAUGCUUUGCUUCAUCCCCAAUGUUAUCUUUAUUUUAGUGUGAAUCAUAAGGAUGUUUCGCUAUAAAAGUGUUGCACUUUACGUCAGAUGUAUCUUAAACUUAUCAGCAAUUCACAAAAUUUCAGGCAAGCAUCCGCAUUUAAAAUGUUUUCCUGGAAAAUUUCGUCCUGGUCACUCUCGAGAGUUUCAUUUUCUGUGAUUCCACAAAUGUUUUCACGAAAGAAACGUACUUCUAUGUUCCCAGUCUCUAAAAAUUAUUCCAUAAAUAUUUUUCCACUGAAAAAUUAACUUAAUUACCAAACAUGUUGGGUGAAGCCACAUAUUAUCAGCUUUGCUAAGAUGCACCAAAAACCCUUUAUGGUAAUUUGGACAUUAUUUGGGCCCUAACUGUAGUCCACACAAUCCCGAAAAAACACACACCUGCAGAAAUAAUGUAUACUGUGUAUAUAAAUGCCUCAAGUAGUCGUUGCUUCUUGGAAGACAAACUAUUAAUUUUUUUUCUCAUAGAAUGCAAUCAUAAUAACUUUCUGUGAGUAAUCUGGGGAAAAUUCGAAAAUUACAAACAGAAUUGCUGUUCUUUGCAUUACAUUAAUUAGGAUAAAUAAAUAUUUCCUUUACUGCCAUUACCACAUACGGUGUGUAUGACUGAUCUGAGUAUUUAAAAAGUGCGUGUGCCGUUAAAAAUAAAGGAUACGUACGGAAGAAUAAAUUAAUGUAUUAAAAUAAUUUUAGUUUGAACGUGGGUUUAGGAUGUCCUAUUUCACGCGUUUUGCGAUCCCGCGCUAUGUGUACCACAGAUAAGUGGCUUGUUUUUUGUUUCCUUAUGUAGCAACAGCGCGCCUCGCGCACGAGUCGUCGUACUUGACACCAAUCCAGUCGCGCCGUCGGCUCCGGGCGGCCGGCGGAAGUCUGGGUUGCCCAAGUCCGAGUCGCGCAACGUGUCCCGGGGCCGACACUUCUCAGCACAGUGCACCUGUCUCGGAAAAGUAACGAAA